AGUUUGACUGAAUGUGGGAUUGGGGAGGAAAAUUAUGGAGUCUUGAUGCGUUGGGUUUGUGUGUGAAUACGAAAACAGCGCUGGAAUUUCCUCCUUUCGACCGGGAAAACCGCCACUGCACCUCGGCUUCAAGCUCCUCAGUUUGGUCGUCGCCGGUAUACGUCUGAGUAUCCUAGGGAUUUCUGUUUCGCUGCCGCUCUUUACCCUGGGAUAGCCUGCCUGGCUAAGAUUAGCCUAGGCUGCUAGCGGAGCUCUAUGGGAAUCUCCAGCCGGAGCGGCUCUUUAGCUCGCUAGCGGACUGAAUGCAGCCACGCGCCUCACGCCGCAUCGGGCACGUUCAGCCGCUACUGCUGCUGCAUUAUUCACGCGGUUUAUUGACACAUGAAAAUGAGGAAUAUUGGAUUACCAUGCACUGCUUACGUUUAUUUUGAGGGAUUUGCUGCACGUAAUGAGCUCUGUGAGAGCUGUCAAUCACCCCGGUGGAUUUAACAUGUCGUGCCAUCAUGCUGCUCUGCGAUCAUCCACUCUAAUGUUUUGAUGGCAAGGGAUCUACGUGUUUUUUCCUUUCCUCUACCUGAUUUUAAACCCCUUAAACAUCAGUGAAUGCACAAAAGCCGAUUUUGGACGGAUACUUUUGAGAACUUUUCCAAGGAAAGGAUUUGUGAGGGGGUGGCGUCAGAACGCAACAGUAUUUUAAGCAAACUGUCAGCUCUAUAAAGAGGACAAAACCAUGGCUUCAGUGUGGAAGAGACUGCAGCGUGUUGGGAAACAUGCUUCCAAAUUCCAGUUUGUCGCCUCCUACCAGGAACUCAUGGUGGAAUGCACAAAGAAAUGGCAACCGGACAAGCUAGUUGUUGUCUGGACACGCAGGAGCCGAAGGAAAUCAUCCAAGUCUCAUAGCUGGCAGCCUGGCAUCAAGAAUCCCUAUAGAGGAGUGGUGGUGUGGCCUGUUCCAGAGAAUAUAGAGAUCACUGUCACACUAUUUAAGGAUCCCCACGCAGAGGAGUUUGAAGACAAAGAGUGGACCUUUGUCAUUGAAAAUGAAUCUCCGUCGGGUCGUCGGAAAGCGCUGGCCACCAGCUGCAUUAACAUGAAGCAGUAUGCCAGUGCCAUGCCCACACAGACAGACGUCAAGCUCAAGUUCAAGCCGCUGUCCAAGAAAGUGGUUUCAGCAACACUUCAGUUCUCCCUGUCCUGCAUCUUUCUGCGAGAGGGCAAAGCCACUGAUGAAGAUAUGCAGAGUCUGGCCAGUCUGAUGAGCAUGAAGCAGGCUGAUAUUGGUAAUCUGGAUGAUUUUGAGGAAGAGAAUGAGGAAGAUGAGGAGAACAGAGUGAACCAGGAGGAGAAGGCCGCCAAGAUCACAGAGAUUGUGAGGCAGCUGAAUGCUCUCAGCUCUAUAGAUGGAGAUCCAGAUGACUGCCUAAAGCAAGCAAAUAAACCUGCCUCCUCUUCUGAAGAGCUGAUCAGUAAGUUGAACUUCCUGGAUCAGGAGGACCAAGACCAGAGCAACAUGAGCUCUAACCCCUUCGAUGAACCUAUUGACCCGGUUGACCUUAACCCCUUUGGUGACCCGGAUGAGGAUGAACCAUCUCCUAAGCCCCAUGUGCGGUCCACUAUCAGAGAUCAGGAGCCUGUAUAUGAUCAGAACACCUCUUAUCCUUCAAACCCAUUUGAUGAGGCUGACAUAGAAAUGGACUCUUCUCAACAUGGCAACCCGUUUGAUGAACCUGAACCCGAACCCCAGCCUAAAGUUUCUCCACCCAGAAGCAGCAAGAGGAAGAAUGUCCGGCCGGUGGACAUGAGCAAAUACCUGUACGCCAACACAACCAAGACAGAGGAGGAGGAGCUAGAUGAAUCAAACCCAUUCUAUGAGCCCAGAUCCUCUGGUGCAGUCACAUCCGAGGUAGACAGCAGCAUCUCCGAGAAGAGCACCAAACGCCAGGCCCCUCUGCCUCCUAGUGCUGGACCCAACCCUGCUGUGGCCCCUGGAGGCCCUGUACCAAAGACCUCAGCUCCUGAAGGAACACCCACUCCACCGGCUCUGGCACCCUCAGCUGUCUCAGCUGUUAUAGGUAGAGAGUUGACCUCGUCCUCGCCCAAGCCCAGUCCAAUUCCUAGUCCUGUUCUUGGUGGGAGGCCGAAUGCAAGUCAGUCCCUUUUGGCCUGGUGCCGUGAGGUCACGAAAAACUACAGAGGCGUCAAAAUCACCAACUUCACCACUUCCUGGAGGAAUGGACUGGCAUUCUGUGCCCUGUUACACAACUUCAGACAUGACUUAAUUGACUACAAGGCUCUCAAUCCUCAAGAUAUUAAAGAAAACAACAAAAAGGCAUAUGAUGGCUUCGCCAGUCUGGGAAUCUCUCGGCUUCUGGAGCCGUCUGACAUGGUUCUAUUGGCGAUCCCGGAUAAGCUGACAGUGAUGACGUACCUGUAUCAGAUCCGGGCACAUUUCAGUGGAGAGGAACUCAAUGUUGUGCAGAUCGAAGCCAACAGCAGUCGUAGCACAUACAAAGUUGGAGACUUUGAAACGGAUACAAACAGUUCUAUCGACCAAGACAAGUUCUACGCAGAACUUAACGACAUUCACCAAGAGCCCAACAAUCAGGGUGCUGCAGCAACCAAUGGUGGGCAUGGUGUUAAAGAAGAGCAGGAAGUGAAGUCAGUCAUGACAGUUGGGGGAUGUGGUUCUCUAUCCACCUCCCCAGGGGAAGUUCUAAAAGAUGUAGCUCCAUCUUUACAGGCGACUACAGCAGACCGUGACUCUCCAGUAGCUACAACGGUCACUGAACCUCACCCACGAUCCGCCCAAAGCACCAGAACCAGCCUGGAGACCCCCACCAGCCAACCUCCCUCUGCAGAACAGAAAAAACUCCUCAAAGCCGAUACACUGGACAUGGGUGAUCUGUCUCACAGGCUGGAGAGAGAAAAGGAGAGAGGGCAAUCAGGUGGGUUGACUGCUGCUGACACCAGAGACUCCAGGGAGCAGCACGAGACCCCACGGCCUGGUGAAAGACAAAUUGAUUCUGGGUCACCCACGUGGCAGACCGGGUCUUCUCUAACGAACACACACAAACUGGGCUUCACGUAUAACAGAGACACUGAUCUUAUCAAGAAGAAGAGAGCGAGUUUGCGCCACUCUGAAUCUGACAGCAGUGCCCAGACCAACCACACACACACACCUGCUAAACUCACACAGGAAGUCAUACCCGCCCCAGUGUCUAACACCAGUGAAGAGAAGAAGGUCCUGUCUCGUCAAGAGGAGCUGAAGGAGAGGGCCAGGCUGCUAUUGGAACAGGCCCGUAGAGAUGCUGCCAUGAAGGCUGGAAACAAAAGCACCACUAAUGCACAGUCACCUACACAAACUCCACAGAUUAUUGAUGAGCGUGAUGAAGAACGGCGCAGGCAGCUGCGAGAGAGAGCCAGGCAGCUGAUAGCGGAGGCUCGAUCUGGAGUAAAGAUGGCUGAACUGCCUCUCUAUACUGACUCCACCUCUAUAGCCUGUAGUGCAGCUGGGAACAACUUAAAAGGAAGGUCAAAGACAGCUGGAGACGUGGUGGAUGGGAUGAGUGUGGAGGGUGGGGAUGAGGAGAGCAGGAGUGAUAUUGAGGCGGCGGUAUCAUCUCAUGCUGAUGAUGUCACUCAUACUAACCCUGAGGAGGAACUGUCGUCUUCAUGUCUAAUGGAGGAUGAUUUUACUAACACUGCCAGUGACCUGGCUGCUCUGGGUGUGAUGAACAGCAGGCAUGUGGACCUGAAGCUCAAGAAGCUCACAGAGAUUCGGCCACAGGGUGGCAGCUCUCCUUCAUCUUCAUCAUCUUCCUCAUCGCUGACGGCAUCCAGUACUUCACCCCUCAGCCCUGAAUCAGGCGGCAUGCAGAAUAAUGUUGAUGAAUUGCAUGCAGAGCGUCUUCGCAGGGCAACGGAACAUCUGUGCAGUCCCGUUGUCUUCCACAAGGAGUCUGCAGUUAGGAAAACACAGCUCAAAUCAUUCAGCCAAUACGUAGAGACCAGGCCAGAGGUUAAAAGGCAGAGAUCAGUGCCUGAAGAUCUAAAGCGGGCAGCCGAGGAGAGAGGAGCUUUGACAGAGACAGAAGGACGAAAGCCAACUGAAGAUGAACAGAAAGCGUUCAAAGACACCAGUCAGUACGUGGUGGGAGAACUGGCGGCGCUGGAGAGUGAGCAGAGGCAGAUCGACACGCGGGCCUCGCGUGUGGAGAAGCGUCUGCGCUAUCUCAUGGACACAGGCAAUAAUAAAGAAGAGGAAGAGUCCAUGAUGCAGGAAUGGUUUACAUUGGUCAACAAGAAGAAUGCUCUGAUCCGCCGACAGAACCAGCUCUCUCUGCUGUGAGUUCAUGUUUACCCUUUCUCUCUUUCUCCAGCCCUUACCAAUGGAAGCGGUGGUCUCUGAGCACACACACCUAUAAUAUGUUGAGACCCACACUUGAAAUGAUUUUCCCAGGAGACCUGAGCCCAGUCAGAAGGUCGGGCCCCUCAUUCACUUCCACCCCUCCCCUGGUGGCCCUCCACUGUAAAGCGGAGAAAACGGCAUAUCAGAACGGACGCGUCUGCAAUAAUGUGAUUUCAAAGACUGUAUUAUUCCACCCAUUAUGAGAAUUGGAUCGACCAAAAAAAAA